AUGCUUGGGUCCCUUCUGGCUCCUGCCCAGAGGCGCUGCCUCGGUGGUGCGGCCUCUGGUAUUCGUCGUCUUGCGACGAUCUCGAACUCGCCUCUCGACCGCAAGGUUCGUCAGAACAACUGGGAAGACAACAAUUUCAUCAAUUACAAGAAGAUGUCAGAGAACCUGGCGAUUGUACGCAGCCGCCUCAACCGCCCACUUACCUACGGCGAGAAGAUCCUUUACUCUCAUCUGGACAACCCCCAUGAGCAGGAUAUCGAGCGCGGUCAAUCUUAUCUGAAGCUUCGCCCUGACCGCGUCGCCUGCCAAGAUGCCACCGCCCAAAUGGCAAUACUUCAGUUCAUGUCUGCUGGCAUGGAUCAGGUUGCUAACCCUGUGACCGUCCACUGCGAUCACUUGAUCGAAGCACAAACCGGUGGUGCGAAGGACCUCGAACGGGCUAUAAGUAUCAACAAGGAAGUGUAUGAUUUCUUGUCUUCGGCCUGCGCCAAGUAUAAUAUUGGAUUCUGGCGCCCCGGUUCUGGUAUUAUCCACCAGAUCAUUCUUGAAAACUACGCUUUCCCCGGCGGUCUACUCAUUGGCACCGACUCCCACACUCCCAAUGCUGGUGGUCUCGGUAUGGCAGCAAUAGGUGUGGGCGGCGCCGAUGCAGUAGAUGUCAUGGCCAACUUGCCGUGGGAACUCAAGGCCCCGAAGUACAUAGGCGUGAAGCUCACGGGCCAACUUGGUGGAUGGACAUCGCCCAAAGAUGUCAUCCUCAAGGUUGCCGACAUUUUGACCGUCAAAGGGGGGACUGGUGCUAUCGUGGAGUACUUUGGACCUGGCGUGGACGGUCUUAGCACGAGCGGAGCUGGAACCGUCUGUAACAUGGGUGCUGAAAUCGGGGCCACGACUUCUCUCUUCCCCUUCAACGAUCGGAUGUAUGAGUAUUUGGCGGCUACGAAGCGUCAAGAUAUUGGCGAUUUUGCACGCUCAUUCGCUGCAGAACUUCGUGCGGAUGAAGGUGCCGAGUAUGAUCAGCUUAUUGAAAUCAACCUCACUGAGCUCGAACCUCACAUCAACGGCCCCUUCACCCCUGAUCUAGGCACACCAAUUUCAAAAUUCAGCAAGGCUGUUGUUGAGAAUGGCUGGCCUGCCGAGCUGCGUGUUGGAUUAAUUGGAUCUUGCACCAAUUCCUCCUACGAGGAUCUUUCUCGAGCUGCCUCAAUUGCACGCGAUGCUCUUGACCAUGGCCUGAAGGCCAAGGCACUAUUUACUGUCACGCCAGGCUCGGAGCAAAUUCGCGCCACCAUUGAGCGAGAUGGUCAGCUUCAGACAUUUGAGGAGUUUGGUGGCACUGUUCUCGCCAACGCAUGCGGCCCCUGCAUCGGUCAGUGGGACCGUCGUGAUGUUGAGAAAGGCCAGGCAAAUUCUAUUCUCUCUAGUUAUAACCGCAACUUUACAGGCCGAAACGAUUCCAAUCCUGCGACUCAUGCUUUUGUAUCGAGUCCAGAAAUGGUCCUGGCACUUACGGUCGCCGGCUCUUUACACUUCAACCCACUUACCGACAAACUCAAGGACAAGGAUGGAAAGGAAUUCAUGCUCAAGCCUCCGACCGGUGACAGCCUUCCUGUCAGAGGGUACGAUCCUGGCAACGACACCUACCAGGCCCCCCCCAAGGAACGCGCAAGCGUUACUGUUCAAGUUUCACCCACCUCGGACCGUCUUCAGAUUCUCCAACCAUUCCAACCAUGGGACACCAAAGAUGCCACUAAUAUCCCCAUCCUGAUUAAGGCCCAAGGCAAAACGACAACGGACCACAUUUCCAUGGCAGGUCCAUGGUUGAAAUACCGCGGCCACCUCGACAACAUUUCCAACAAUAUGCUUAUUGGCGCCAUUAACGAGGCUAAUGGUGAGGCCAAUAAGAUCAAGAACUCUACCACUGGCGAGUGGGGUGCGGUGCCUGCCGUUGCUCGCGACUACAAGAAAAAGGGUAUUAAAUGGGUAGUCAUCGGCGACUGGAACUAUGGCGAGGGCAGCUCCCGUGAGCACGCGGCCCUAGAACCCAGACACUUGGGCGGGUUGGCUAUCAUCACCAGAAGUUUCGCUCGCAUUCACGAGACCAACUUGAAGAAGCAGGGCAUGCUGCCAUUGACGUUUGCCGAACCCGCUGAUUAUGACAGGAUCAAACCCAAUGACAAGGUCGAUAUCCUCUGCACACAACUUGCUGUUGGCAAACCCGUGACCAUGAUCGUUCGCCCCGAGGGCGCCAAAGCGUUUGAGGUGUCCCUGCAGCAUACUUUCAACGAGGCUCAGCUUGAAUGGUUCAAAAAUGGAAGCGCACUUAAUACCAUGGCUAAGGCUGCCUCGCAAUAA